UUCCACUCUUCCGAAUCACAGCAACUCUACUCUGCCCUAAAACCCUUAAGCCCUUAACAAAACCACCGCAAAACCCCAGUGCUCAUCUCAACAAAUUCGAUCAAUGGCAGGUGUUCGGAUCAAAGAGCUAUUCAAAAAGUACGGAAAAGUAGCACUUGGAGUCCAUUUGUCUGUCUCCGCCGCCUCAAUAACGGGCCUCUACAUUGCCAUCAAAAGCAACGUCGAUGUGGAGUCAAUCAUCGAAACUUGGCACCUCCCUGCAUUCUCAAAGAACCCAGGAGAGACUCAAGCACCUCAACCCUCUGAUGGGUUUAUUUCGACUCAUGAAAAUACGGGUUUAAAUGAGGAGAAGAAGCAGAGGAAUCGGACGGCUGAGCUUGUGACAUCGUCUGGUGGGGCCCUGGCCUUGGCCUUGUUAUGUAACAAAGCGCUUUUUCCUGUUAGGGUUCCGAUAACUAUCGCGCUUACACCUCCUGUGGCUAGGUUCCUUGCUAGAAGGAAGAUCAAUUAAAGCAGUGUAUGAUAUUUAUGUUUUCGUAUCUGCGAUUUUGCUUAAACGUUUCUUCUUAGGUUGAUUCUGAAGAAGGAUAGAGAAGAAUUAAGCGUUAAAAAUCUUGAAAGUCGAAAGCUUUAAAUGGGAAAUAAACUUAUAAUUUUUAUAUUGCAGUAAUUUUUAUGGGAUUUUUUACAUAAUUGUGCUGAUUUUGUGGGGUAAUUUCUUGAUAGUAAUUGGAUCGAUUUUUCUGUAUAAAGAAGGGAUAGUUGUUUAUCUUGUA